GCCGCCGAAGCCGCGGAACGUGGGCUCGCGCCCCGCCUUUGUCUCCCGGGCGCGAGCCGCCGCAGCCCCGCGCCCGCCGCUCGCUGCCAGAGCCGCUUUGUGACGCGGCGCGGGGGACGGGGACGCGGGGCGCGGACCCGGCGGGCGCAGCCUCAGCAUGGACGUGACCGUCUCGGAGCUCAUGGAGCUCUUCCUGCAGAGCCCGCUGGUGACCUGGGUGAAAACUUUUGGCCCCUUCGGAAGCGGCAACCAGGACAACCUGACAAUGUACAUGGAUUUAGCGGACGGCAUCUUUUUGAACCAAAUCAUGUUGCAAAUAGAUCCCAGGCCAACAAAUCAGCGCAUCAACAAACACGUCAACAAUGAUGUGAAUCUUCGCAUUCAGAACUUGACCAUCUUGGUGAGAAACAUUAAGACCUACUACCAGGAAGUUCUCCAGCAGCUGAUCGUAAUGAAUUUGCCCAAUGUCUUGAUGAUUGGCAAAGACCCGCUGUCUGGGAAGAGUAUGGAGGAGAUUAAGAAGGUGCUGCUGUUGGUGCUGGGCUGUGCUGUCCAGUGUGAGAGGAAAGAGGAAUUUAUCGAAAGAAUCAAACAGCUGGACAUUGAGACACAGGCCGGGAUCGUGGCCCAUAUACAGGAGGUGACCCACAACCAGGAGAAUGUGUUCGAUCUGCAGUGGUUGGAGCUCCCGGACGUGGCUCCGGAGGAGCUGGAGGCCCUGUCGAGGAACAUGGUCUUUCACCUCAGGCGGCUCAUCGACGAGAGGGAUGAGUGCACGGAGCUGAUCGUGGACCUCACCCAGGAGCGGGACUACCUCCAGGCCCAGCACCCACCCAGCCCCCUCAAGUCCUCCAGCGCCGAGUCCACCCCGAGCCCCACCAGCAGCCUCUCCAGCGAGGAAAAACAGCACCUGGCCGUGGAGCUGGCGGACACCAAAGCCAGGCUGCGCCGCGUCAGGCAGGAGCUGGAGGAGAAGACAGAGCAGCUUGUGGACACCAGGCAUGAGGUAGAUCAGCUGGUGCUGGAGCUGCAGAAAGUCAAGCAGGAGAAUAUCCAGCUGGCGGCUGACGCCCGGUCUGCUCGUGCCUAUCGCGACGAGCUCGAUGCUCUGAGGGAGAAGGCGAACCGUGUGGAGAGGCUAGAGAUGGAGCUGGUGCGCUGCCGGGAGAAGCUGCACGACGUGGACUUCUACAAGGCCCGCAUGGAGGAGCUGAGAGAAGAUAAUAUCAUUUUAAUUGAAACCAAGGCCAUGCUGGAGGAACAGCUGACUGCCGCUCGAGCCCGGGGCGAUAAAGUGCACGAGCUGGAGAAAGAGAACCUGCAGCUGAAAUCAAAGCUUCACGACCUGGAAUUGGACCGGGACACGGACAAGAAGCGAAUAGAGGAGCUGCUGGAAGAAAACAUGGUCCUCGCGAUUGCCCAGAAGCAGAGCAUGAACGAAUCCGCCCACCUCGGCUGGGAGCUGGAGCAGCUGUCCAAGAACGCAGACCUGUCCGACGCCUCCAGGAAGUCGUUUGUGUUUGAGCUGAACGAGUGCGCCUCUAGCCGCAUCCUGAAGCUGGAGAAGGAGAACCAGAGCCUCCAGAGCACCAUCCAGGGGCUGCGGGACGCGUCCCUGGCGCUGGAGGAGAGCAACCUCAAGUGCGGGGAGCUGGAGAAGGAGAAUCACCAGCUCAACAAGAAGAUGGAGAAGUUACAGACCCAGCUGGAGAGGGAGAAGCAGAGUAACCAGGAUUUGGAGACCCUGAGUGAGGAGCUGAUCAAAGAGAAAGAACAGCUGCAGAGCGACAUGGAGACCUUGAAGGCUGACAGAGCCCGGCAGAUCAGGGACCUUGAACAAGAAAAGGACCAUCUCAACCAGACGGUGUGGACGCUGCGGGAGAGGUCACAGGUCAGCAGCGAGGCCCGCGCGAAGGACAUCGAGCAGGAGAGCAAAGCCCCGCAGGGGACGGUGACGGAGGCCAGCGGCCGGCUGAGCAGGCUGGAGCUGGAGCGGGCGCAGGAGAAGGCGGGGCGGGCGGAGGAGCUGCAGCAGGAGCUGUGGCGGCUGGAGGAGGAGAAGGGGAGGCUGGCGCAGAGGGUGAGCUCCCUGCAGGCGGCAGGCGAGCGGGCGGACGCCGUGGAGCGCGAGAGCCGCGGGCUGGCGCUGGAGAACCGGCAGCUGCGCAAGUCCCUGGACGCCCUGCAGAACGUGCAGGUGCAGCUGGCCGGCCUGGAGCUGGACAACAGGCAGCUGGACGAGGAGAACCUGGAGCUGCGCAGGAUGGUGGAGGCCAUGCGCUUCACGGGCGCCAAGGUGGCCCAGAUGGAGCGGGAGAAGCAGGAGCUGGAGCGGGAGAAGCAGGAGCUGAGGACGAGCGUGGAGCUGCUGAAGGCGCUGGGCAAGAAGUCGGAGCGCCUGGAGCUCAGCUACCAGAGCCUGAGCGCCGAGAACCUGCGGCUGCAGCAGAGCCUGGACAGCGGUGGCCAGAAGGCGCAGGCCCUGGAGCGGGAGCUGGGGCAGCUGGAGGCCGAGAACCAGGCCCUGCAGCGCGACCUGGAGGCCCUCCGGCUCGCCAACAGGCAGCUGGAGCGGGCCGGCCAGGACCGGAAGGCGCUGGAGCAGGAGGUGGCCCAGCUGGAGAAAGACAAGAAGCUGCUGGAGAAGGAGGCCCGGCGUCUGUGGCAGCAGGUGGAGCUCAAGGACGCCGUCCUGGACGACAGCUCCGCCAAGCUGUCCGCUGCCGAGAGGGAGAGCCGCGCGCUGGACAAGGAGCUGGCCCGCUGCCGGGAUGCGGCCGGCAAGCUGAAGGAGCUGGAGAAGGACAACAGGGACCUCACCAAGCAGGUCACCAUGCACACGAGGACACUGACCACCCUGAGGGAGGACCUGGUGCAGGAGAAGCUGAAGAGCCAGCGGCUGAGCAGUGAGCUGGACAAGCUGAGCCAGGAACUGGAGAAGCUCGGCCUCCACAAGGAGCUGCUGCUGCAGGAUGACAGCAGCGACGGUGACACGAAAUACAAGAUUUUGGAGAGCAUAAAUGAAUCAGCAUUCAAAACAGCACUAGCCAGGAAGGAAGAAAAGAUUGUGUUCUUAGAAGCACAGAUGGAAGAGAAAGCCAGCCUGAAUCACCACCUACAGAACGAGCUCCAGGUGCUGAAGAAGGAGUGUGAGAUCCUCAGGAAGAGCCAGGAAGAGGGGAAGCAGGUGCAGAACUCUUUCAAACACCCUGUGGGGCCGUUGGUCGAGGGUCACCCUGGGAAGGAGCUCUGGGGGCCCAGCCCCAAGGAGGCCACGAUGGAGCUGCUCCGCGUGAAGGACCGGGCCAUCGAGCUGGAGCGCAACAACGCGGCUCUGCAGGCUGAGAAGCAGCUGCUCAAGGAACAGCUGCAGCACUUGGAGACCCAGAACACGGCCUUCAGCAGUCAGAUCCUGACGCUGCAGAAGCAGAGUGCCUUCCUGCAGGAGCACAACACCACGCUACAGACGCAGACGGCUAAGCUGCAGGUGGAGAAUUCCACUCUGGGCUCCCAGAGCGCCUCCCUCACCGCGCAGUAUGCGCUGCUCCAGAACCAGCAGACAGCCAAGGAGAGCGAGAUCGAGAACCUGCAGAAGCAGCAGGAAGAGCUGACGGCCGCCUACCAAGCCCUGCUGCAGGACCACGAGCACCUGGGCGCGCUCCACGAGCGGCAGUCCACGGAGUACGAGGCCCUCAUCCGCCAGCACAGCUGCCUGAAAACACUGCAUCGCAACCUGGAGCUGGAGCACAGGGAGCUCGGGGAGAGGCACGGCGACAUGCUGAAGCGCAGGGCGGAGCUGGAUGAGCUGGAGAAGGUUUUGAAUGCCGAGAGGGAGGCUCUGCAGCAGGAGCAGAGGACGAGCGCCGCGGUCGCGAGCGAGAACCAGAGACUGCAGGAGGAGCUGGACAGGGUCAGCUUCCUGCACCACCAGCUGAAGGGGGAACACGAGGAGCUGCACAGCCACACCAAGGAGCUGAAAACCUCGCUGAACAGCUCGCAGCUGGAGCUGAGCCGCUGGCAGGCCCGGUUUGACGAGCUGAAGGAACAGCACCAGAGCAUGGACAUCUCUCUGACCAAGCUGGACACCCACUGCGAGCUUCUCUCCCGCCUCAAGGGGAACUUGGAGGAAGAAAACCAUCACCUCUUGAGCCAGAUCCAGCUGUUGAGCCAGCAGAACCAAAUGCUUCUAGAACAGAACUUGGAGAACAAGGAGCAGUACCACGAGGAGCAGAAGCAGUACAUAGACAAGUUAAAUGCCUUACGAAGACAUAAGGAAAAACUGGAAGAAAAAAUCAUGGAUCAGUACAAGUUCUAUGAUCCUGCUCCAAAGAAGAAAAACCACUGGAUUGGAGCCAAAGCUUUAGUCAAACUCAUCAAACCAAAGAAAGAGGGUUCCAGAGAACGAUUGAAGUCGACUACAGACAGUCCUCCCCGGCAGCUGGAGUCCCCAGACCCAACCUCGCCGUCCACUUCUCAGCCGCUCAGAUCCCAGCCGGAGAACCCCGAGGCCACCCCGUUGGGCUCAAGCUGUGCAGAAGAGCGUGACAUCCACAACGGGACCCUGGGAAAAGGUCCUGGGGACCUAAAGCCAAAGCGAGGGUCCCCGCACAGAGACAGCCUUGACCGCAAGGAUGCCUCUGCUGACCCAGCCAUGAAGCCCUGGCCCGUGGAGCCGGGCCCCCGGCCCUGUUCGUCCUCAGCCAUCACUACAACCCCUUCCAGCUCCACCCCCAUCUCGCGGCACCCAGGCCGCGCCAAAGGCUAUAAUUCCGAUGACAGCCUCUGCGAACCGUCCCUGGAGCUCGAGUUCACUCCCCACAGGCAGUACGCAUCCCGGCCGGGGAGCUUGGAGAGCAGUAGAAAUGCGUCCAGCGACAGCUCACCUCUUAACCUGAAAGGUUCCUCCGACCAGCUCCACGGCAGGUCCGAGAGCUUCAGCAGCGAAGACCUGAUCCCCAGUAGGGACACAGCCACUCUGCCGCGGGAUGCCAGCACCCCGGGGCGCACUGCCCUCAGCCGCCAUGAGUACCCCCCACCCCGGAACGGGCCUCUCCCCCAAGAGGGCGCCCGGAAGAGGGGCGCAGCCCAGCCCCAUGGCGGGGUGCGGCCCUGCUCAGCAGCCUCCCCGAGCAGUGAGAUGGUCACCCUGGAGGAGUUCCUGGAAGAGAGCAACCGGGGCUCCCCUUCCUCCGACGCUCCCAGUUGCCGGGAUGACCUGCUUAGUGACUAUUUUAGAAAGGCCAGUGAUCUCCCGGCCAUCGGAGGCCAGCCAGGCCCACCUACCAGGAAGGAAGGGGCCAAGAUGCCCACCAGCUUCGUGGCCCCCACCAUAAAGAUGCCUGUCAUCACCUCCGAGGGGAAGCCACUGAAGCCCGGGCAGUACGUGAAGCCGAACUUCAGACCCGCUGAGGCCGAGGCCCUGCCCACUGCCCCCCAGAGGCAGGCCCAGCCGCCCCAGAGCCUGUCCCUGGGCAGACUCCGGCAGGCCACGAUGCCCCCCGCUUCCCACACGCCCACUGGCCGGAGUGCAUCCCUGAGCCGGGCCUUCAGCCUGGCCUCCGCCGACCUCCUCCGGGCCAGCGGGCCAGAGGCCUGCAAACAGGAGCCAGGGGGUCCCGAGGCCUCGGCGGGCAGAGACACAGGCAGCCAUAGCCUGCAGAGCUCCACACUUCCCAGCUCCCACAGCCUGGCCCGGGAGCGGACCCCGCUUGUGGGAAAGGCUGGCGGCUCCUGUCAGGGCCCUGGCCCCCGAAGCCGGCCACUGGACGCGAGGCGCUUCUCUCUGGCUCCCCCGAAGGAGGAGAGGCCGGCUCCCCUGCAGCAGUCUGCCACGUCCCCAGCCAUCGCCGCUGGAGCUGGCAGUGGCAGCAACUCCCAGUUCCAGCACUGCUCACCUGCUGCAGCCCAAGCUGCCAGGACUAAGCCCCAAGCCUCCCCGCACUUGGGAGAGGCGGCCACCAUCGCCCCCGUCCGGGCGGGGUUCAGCCCCUCCGAGGGGGACGGGGCCCCGGGGCAGGGCCACAGCGAGGGCCUCCCUGCCAAGGGCCCGGGCAGGUCUCCCGACCUGGCUCCCCAUGGCAGCCGGGCCUCCGAGGACUUCAGUCGUGGGAGCAGCUCGAAGAGCACGCCGGCAUCCCCCGAGCCGGCUGGGGACCAGCAGACCGUGUGGUACGAGUACGGCUGCGUGUGACUUGGCUCCUGGGCCGGCAGCUCCUAAACCUUAAAGCUACUGACGCACGUGCUCAUCAUGAUGGCCUUUCCCCGUCUGCCUGUGGUGCCAGGAAAGGGCUUUACAAUGAGGAAAGGGUUCCCGUGCGUUUCUUCUGUUUGUUUUGUUACUAAAACACCGUGCCAAGCCCUGAGAGGGUUGCACCCUCUCCCCGGUGUGUAACUUGUCUUCUGUAUCUGUAGCCUCCAGCAACUGGUAUCUUUUGAACAAAUCCACUUUGGCAUAGGGACACUCAGAAUGCAGUGACAAACUGACCCCAAAGCAGACACUAUUUGAGCGCGCCCCUGUAGAACACUCGUUUGCAACUUGCUGACCUCCACUGAAGCGCAUGUAUAUGUGGGCGUGUGCACACGCACGUGCACACGCACAUACACACACUCACAGGGCUGAGCCCUGGUGGCUCUGGAAACUCUCCUCCCCUCCCAAAAGCCAUUUGAUCCUAGGGGAAGCCCCCACUGGCCAAACUACAAUGAUCUGGAGGCCCUUGGGUGGACCCCAGAGGCAGGCUCGCUGUUGAAAACCAGGCGCACUGCCGUGCCAUUGCUGGGGUCCCAAGCACGUCCCUUCACCCCAGAGCCGAAGCGGCCUUCCAGGCAGGCGGCGGUGGCCUCGGGUGUUUGCCUCCCCGCUGCAGCCAGCUCCUGGGCUCUGCAGGGUGGGCUCCGAGGCCACAGGGCCACCUGCCUUCCCUGACUCGCUUUUCUACAAACACUGGAUCUGCUGGGCCUGGGGGGCCGGGCAGAGAGAAGCCCACCCAGCAAGUGUGCACAGCAUACAGAGGGGAGGCGUGUACAGGAGUGAGGUGCGCCUCGGUUUAUAACGUGGCUGCAGUGUCCCCACUCCCCUGUCUCAGGUGAGAUGUUGAUUUAUUAUUGCUGAGUAACUUCUCGUGGUAGAAACCAAAUUUCUUUUAAUAUAUUACAUAUGUAUGUACACACUCAUGUGAGAUAUAUGUACUUUGAGGGGAUCUAUUUAUGUUCCAUGGGGAGUCAUUCUUUUCUAUCAGGAAUCUCACCUGCUGCUUUGUGUAUUUGGUCAGAUUCCUGGCACGUUUUGUUUCCUGUUUAGUAAAGGUGCUCUUCCAGGGAUACACUAAACCUGGUGAUUUUUUUUUUUGAAGAUUUAUUUUCCCUUUGAUUCAAUAUAAUAAAGAAAUGGGAAGCUAAGAUCAUUUUUAGGAGUGCUUCGGGUUGUGUAUUAAAUAGCCAUUCAUUCUGGAACACAAGGACAAUUGUAAUAA